AUGAGUGAUGCUGCAGUGGUAUGUGGAGAGCUGGGAUGUGGGGAGGCUGUAGAGGCAGUGACAGAUCUUCGUUUUGGAGAGGGAUCAGGAUCAAUCGUGAUGGCUGGAGUGCAGUGUACAGGGUCAGAGUCCACACUGAAGGACUGUAGAUCAGAUGACUGGUACAUUCAGCGAUGUCAUCAUUAUCAUGAUGUUGGAGUCGUCUGUUCAGGUAAGGGGACCAGACUAGUUGCUGGUUCUAGUCUGUGUUCUGGGAGAGUGGAGCUGUUUCGUGGAAGUAAAUGGAUGACGGUGUGUGAUGCUGCCUUUGACCAGCAGGAUGCAGAGGUGGUGUGUAGAGAGCUGGGCUGUGGGGUUCCUGUAGAGGUGCUGGGAGCUGCUGCUUUUGGUAAAGGGGAGGGUCAGGUGUGGUCAGAGGAGAUUCAGUGUAGAGGCAAUGAAUCUAUGAUUUUCUUCUGUCCAACAUCAUCUUCAAAGAGACGCAACUGUCCCCAUGACAACGAUGUGGGAAUAAAAUGCACUGGAUACACAGACUUCAGACUAGUGAACGGUCCUGACUCCUGCUCUGGUCGAGUGGAGCUGCAGUACCUCAGUGAGUGGGGAACAGUGUGUGAUGCAUCGUGGGACAUCAGAGACUCCAACGUCCUCUGUCGACAGCUGAAUUGUGGGAGUGCUGUGGCUGUAGUGGGGGUGGACUGGUUUGGGAAGAGCAUUGGCCCAGUACGGGCUGAUGUGUUUGACUGCCAAGGCAACGAGACACACCUCUCAGCAUGUGUCAUCUCUUCAUGGAGUCGAGCUGCAUGCUCUCAUAGGCAGGAUGCUGGAGUCAUCUGCUCUGGUUCCUCUAUGUCUGCUGGUGCUGGAUGGGUGAGGCUGACUGGAGAGAGGCAGUGUGAGGGAGAAGUGGAGGUUUAUUUCCAUCAGGCCUGGAGGAGAGUUCUCCUGGACACCUGGAGUUUAUCUGAAGCCUCUGUGGUCUGCAGACAGCUGGACUGUGGCUCUGUUGUAGAGUUCAGUGGCUCCUCUGGGUCUGGUCUAAGGGACAGUGAUGAGUGUCUGACUGGUUUCCAGUGCUCUGGGACUGAAGCUUAUCUGGGAAACUGCAGCUCACCACAACCUACAAACUGCAAUUCCAGUUCACAGCUGUCACUCAUCUGCUCUGGUGAGUUGACUCUUUCUUCUUCAUGCUUUAAUUCAGCUCACAGGUCCCUCAGACUGGUGGGUUCUGGGAGUGAGUGUGCAGGGCGUCUGGAGGUUUUCCACAAAGGCUCAUGGGGAACAGUGUGCGAUGACUCCUGGGAUAUGAAGGACGCCCAGGUGGUGUGCAGACAGCUCCAGUGUGGAGAGGCCCUCGGUGGACCGGUUCCAGCCUGGUUUGGUCCUGGAACUGGUCCCAUUUGGCUGGAUGAGGUGGACUGCCUGGGGAAUGAGACGUCCCUGUGGAGCUGUCCAUCAGAGGGAUGGGGCCGACAUGACUGUGGACACAAGGAGGACGUGGGAGUGCUGUGUUCAGAGUUUAAAGAGAUCAGACUGACUGAAGGCUGCUCUGGGAACCUGGAGGUUUUUUACAAUGGAACCUGGGGUAAUGUCUGCAUGGACCAGAUGGACUCAGACACCGUGUCUUUAAUCUGCCAAGAGCUGAACUGUGGAAAGAGUGGCAGUGUGGACUCAAGCACACCAAGACUGGCUUCAGCUCCAAACUGGCUUGACCGUGUACAAUGCCGCAAACACGACAUCAGUCUAUGGAACUGUCCUUCUUCACCCUGGGGCCAGAAUGAAUGUAAUGCAUUUGAAGUGGCAAAAAUCACCUGUUCAGACCAUCUACCCCUCAGACUGAUGGAGGGAGAGGGCCAGUGCUCUGGGAGGCUGGAGGUUUAUCAUGACGGUACCUGGGGCUCAGUCUGUGAUGAUGACUGGGACAUUAGAGAUGCCCAGGUGGUGUGCAGACAGCUGGGCUGUGGGCCGGCACUGAGGGCUGAUGGGAAUGCUGCCUUUGGGCGUGGAGAGGGAGCUGUGUGGCUGAGCAGGGUGCAGUGCAGAGGAAGUGAGAUCCACCUGUCUGACUGUUCUCUCUCCCUGAAGAACAACACUGACUGCUCCCAUAAGGAUGAUGCUGGAGUCACCUGUACAGACUAGUCUGACGUGAUUGUGAGACUGGUGAAUGGUGGUAGUCGCUGUGCUGGGAGAGUGGAGGUUCAUCAUAAAGGACAGUGGGGCACAGUGUGUCGUUUGGGUGGGUGGGAUAUGAGUGCUGCUGCAGUGGUGUGUGGAGAGCUGGGAUGUGGGGAGGCUCUCAUCUGCUCUGGUCACAGGUCCCUCAGACUGGUGGGUUCUGGGAGUGAGUGUGCAGGGCGUCUGGAGGUUUUCCACAAAGGCUCAUGGGGAACAGUGUGCAAUGACUCCUGGGAUAUGAAGGAUGCCCAGGUGGUGUGCAGACAGCUCCAGUGUGGAGAGGCCCUCAGUGGACCGGUUCCAGCCUGGUUUGGUCCUGGAACUGGACCCAUUUGGCUGGAUAAGGCGGACUGCCUGGGGAAUGAGACGUCCCUGUGGAGCUGUCCGUCAGAGGGAUGGGGCCGACAUGACUGUGGACACAAGGAGGACGUGGGAGUGCUGUGUUCAGAGUUUAAAGAGAUCAGACUGACUGAAGGCUGCUCUGGGAACCUGGAGGUUUUUUACAAUGGAACCUGGGGUAAUGUCUGCAUGGACCAGAUGGACUCAGACACAGUGUCUUUAAUCUGUCAAGAGCUGAACUGUGGAAAGAGUGGCAGUGUGGACUCAAGCACACCAAGACUGGCUUCAGCUCCAAACUGGCUUGACCGUGUACAAUGCCGCAAACACGACAUCAGUCUAUGGAACUGUCCGUCUUCACCCUGGGGUCAGAAUGAAUGUAAUGCAUAUGAAUUUAAACUGUGGUUUGUUGUUCUAGACCAUCUACCCCUCAGACUGAUGGAGGGAGAGGGCCAGUGCUCUGGGAGGCUGGAGGUUUAUCAUGACGGUACCUGGGGCUCAGUCUGUGAUGAUGACUGGGACAUUAGAGAUGCUCAGGUGGUGUGCAGACAGCUGGGCUGUGGGCCGGCACUGAGGGCUGAUGGGAAUGCUGCCUUUGGGCGUGGAGAGGGAGCUGUGUGGCUGAGCAGGGUGGGGUGCAGAGGGAGUGAGAUCCACCUGUCUGACUGCUCUCUCUCCCUGAACAGCAACACUGACUGUUCUCAUAAGGAUGAUGCUGGAGUCACCUGUACAGCCCUGUCAAAGGUGAAACACAUGACUCUGCCUGAUGCCGUCUAUGAGGAGAUUGACCACAGAUUCCUCACUAAGAGAAGCAGUAACACUGUUCAGAGAGGUCGUGUUCUCUCAGAGGAACAGAACUCUGGCUAUGAGGAUGUGGGGGAAGAAGAGCUCCUCUCAGAAAUACACGUGCGUGGAGGCUGA